UUGGGAAGUGAGAAAUUUUUUAACAAAGUCAGAAAAAAGUGUAAAACUCCCACAACUUUAAGCACUUUGUGUUUCUUUUUUUUCUUUCGUUGAUCAACUAUCUCUUUACUCAGUUCAUAUCGUCCCUGAUUAUAAUUCAUCGAUUUUGCAGAUCAAAAAGAAGCAAAUGAAAAAGGCAGAGUGAAAUUUUCGUCCAUUUAGUCAGUCAAGAAGAGAAAAGUUAUUGUGUAACGUGGAAGAAGAAAAAGAAAAUUAGGAAAGGACAGAAAAGACGAUAAAGCAAUUUUCUCCAUCUUCACAUAUUGCUUUCACCCUAAUGAAAAUUUAGUUAAAUAAUUUAAGUGUAUGUGCAAUUUUCACGACUAACCGAAGGAGAUUUGGUAAAACUUUUUUACCUCUUCUGAAGUACGAAAUAAUGGAAAAAUCCAUCCAACGAGUCAUCAAGUUUCUCAUAACUUAUGGCAACUAAUUAAUGAAUACUUGUCAACAAUUUCCAAUUUCAUACUCUUCAAUUAUAGCAACCUAAGCUAACUUGAGCUUCAAUAUUAUUCCUAACUAAUUAAGUGAGAAAGUGGUCAUAUUAUAGUUAAAAUGGUUGUGAACAUAAAUAUGAAAAAAGGAAAAGAGAAAUAAGAAACCAUUUACAUUUGAGUUGAUAAAAAGGAACGCAAACAAGGCUUUCACAGCAUAAAUCGUUUUGCUGGUGUGAGUUAUAAUCAACCAGGAUAUAUAAAGUGAAAACAGAGAAAAACUAUAAAAAGGAUAACGAGCAGCAAAUCGAUAAUAAUCUAAUAAUACCAAUUCACCUUCGUACGAAAAUAGCUUUGGAAAAAAAAGAGCUGAGAAAAGCUUAAGUGUCGCGAAUGUUGUGAGAAAAUGUAUGGAAAUUCCAAUUCGAGUACCGAUGAAAUUGUAAAGGCCAAUGAUUGUGCAACUGGUGAUAAGUUAAAAGGCAUUAAUAAUAAAAGUAACAAUGAUAUAGCAUUCAGUAAGAAGGCGCAGCAUCAAUGCGACGCCGAUGAAAAUUUAUUUUUACGCUUUCUCGAAUUGGAUCCUCCAGUGACUGACACACAAUCUCGUCAGUCAUCGCUUGGUAAGGGAAAUGGACGAACACCAUUUACAAUAACGAAAAAGCUAAUUAAAUCCCCCGAGCAUGGUUUCGGUUUCUCAAUUGUUUGGACUCACCCUCCACGAAUUGAAAAAGUCGAGUCGGGGUUGUCGGCCGAGAAGUGCGGCAUUUUACCGGGAGACUUCGUAAUAUUCAUCGAUAAAUACAAUAUUGUAACAAUGCCUGAAUUGGAUAUCCUCAAUUUGAUUCGCACGCAAGGCAACACAUUGAUAUUGGAAAUUUUCCGUCGACCGACACGACAAGGAAGCAUUAAAAUUAUUCCACCUCGACUCAUUACGACGGUAGCUACUACUAAUCGACAAUUUUCUACCGACGAAGAAAGUUCAAUUAGGCCAUCGCAUCUUUGGUCGUCAUCAGCAAUGUCAUUGGAAAUAAGCAAGAAAAAGUUGAGAUUGCCUCAAGUGAUUGCAAGAAGCAAAGAGUCAAUUGCUAGUCAACAAAACCCUGAUAGUCUACGCAAACGAUAUCUCAUUCAAUUGAUUAAUCGCGAACAACAUUUCAUUAGUGCCAUGAACUUUGGUAUCGAACGUUUUGUUACACCAUUAAAGGAUCGAAAAGAUUUGAUUUCUAUCAACGACCAUAGAACAUUAUUUCAAAACAUUGAUGAGCUUUUACAAUUAUCAGAGGAUAUAUUAGAACAAUUACUCCAGAACGACCACGACCCACAAAUUCACUUUGCUUCGCGUGUUUAUGUUUCGAAGGCGAUGGCUAUAUGUGCAGCAUAUAAAAAAUAUUGUAAUGGUUUGAAGCGAGCUGAUUGUGUUCUGGUUAACAAAUCGAGAACUUGCAAUAGCGAUUUUAUGGCUUUUAUCAGCGAACCACCCAUACCGAGAAAACGACCCGACAUCACAACUUUCAUUCAUCGACCCCUUCAGCACUUUCGCGAUAUUUUGAAACUUAUUCAAAUGAUCACAACUAAUUGCCCCACUGACAGUGAUGAAAACAAGAAUUUUACGAAUGUGAUAAAUGAACUGCAGGCAGCUUACCGUGAGAUUACAGUAGGGGGUGGAUUAAUGGAACCACUCGGAGAAGGUCGUCCUUUACUCUCCCUUCAAGAUUUAGAGUCUCGUUUGGUAUUCACAAAAUGUAAACCGUUUACUCUUUCCGUUACUGGCCGUCAAUGGAUCUUCGGUGGUGAUUUGUCUCGCAUCGAUGGACGCUCAGUGAAACAAUUUUGGACACUUCUGUUCAGUGAUAUUAUUGUGUUUGCCAAAGUUAGUCGUGAUAGAGUUUUAUUUAUUACGGAUGAACCGUUGCCUUUGUCAAAUGUCGUCGACUGUUGCUUCAAUGUGAGAAAGAAAUCAACCGAGUUUCGUUUAACGAUCGACCCAAGUGGAUCUGUGAAAAGUCCAACAGUCAAUUGUACGCCUGACCUUACCAGAACACCAUUGCGUAAUGUAAAACGACGAAACAUCAUUUUACGUGCGCCUUCGACAGAGCUGAAGGCUGUUUGGCAAAAUCUACUGACACGACAAAUUUUCAUUGUCAACAACACAUUAGGUUCAACCUUAAAUAGUCCUUUGGAGUCUCCCGACAUUAUGAUUUCCCAACUGGGUGAUAUGAAUCUCAUGGCAAAUUCUAUUACGUCUAUCAAAAUGUGUUCCAUUGAAAGCAUCAACAACCAAAGAAAUCAACAGAAUCAAACGAGAACCAAUGUCAACAAUAAUAAUAAUUUGAGUAACGAGAAGAAAAUUGAAACAUCGCCAAAAAUAACAAGAAGAAUGGAGCGUCUUAUAGACGAGAAAUGUAAUUUAUUAAGUAAAAGUGGAAUAUCAAAGGAAGGUACCGUGCAUCUGGCGCAAUGGAUGAAAGGUCAAUUUAAUAAGCAAGCAUGUGCUUCUGAGCCAAUUGAAUCGGAUGAAGAAGAAAGCAGUCAAUUAAACGAUUGGAGUGAAGAAGAUGUGAAACGAAGGUCACAAGAACUUCACUUGCUAAUGGAGAAGAAGAAAGAUGAUGACAAUGUCACGAGUGAUGAUGAACAGAACAGUGCUUCCAAAAGUACAAGUACCGACAGUCAAAUAACAGUUCGUUCAAGUCCAAUCAAUAAUAACAACAGUCGCAGUGACAGCAUUUCAAUUUGUCGACAAUGUCAUAAAUUCUGUAAAAAGAAAUCUAAACUUAUGAGUCCAUCCAAUGACAGUAAUAAUAACAAAUUGAAGAAAUCUCCUUCGAGGCAGCAAGCUGUUGAUACUUCCGACAGUAGCAAUACAAUUGUUAAAGAUAGUCAGGAAAGCAGCUUAAUGGAAGACUCAAAGGAGUUGCGAAUGUCACAAACAAUGAUUUCAAUUAAUGGUGCAGUAAUCACUGAUUCAAUAAUCAAGACAUCACAAUCAUCGCCAUCAGCGUUACAAACCCACCAAAAACCAACACCAAAAAUGGGUGUUCGUGCUAACAUCGAAACAAAAUCGCACAAUCACAAGAAAUCUUCUUCGUCUGUCAACAGUAUGUGCAAUUGUGAAUGUAAACCAAAAGAUUUUGAGAAAACGACGUUAAGUCCCGAUGAAGUGAAACAUGAAAUUGUGAAGAUUCUCAGCGAUGUUGAUCAAAUAGCCAAUAAAAUGUCAGUAACAGAUUCAAGUUCUCGAUCAAGUGAUUCGCCUUAUUCCAAUUAUAGCAGCAUCCGUGCAAGAACACUUCAAAGUAAAUACAGUUUUCUGUACAACAACAAUCACAUGACAGCAGCAGCUAAACGUCAACCAGUUAAUAUUAUCAAAGAGACAAUGAUUGGAGCUGCCGAAGGAAAAGUUAAAGCGGGUGAGAAAGCGAGUGAAACUGCCGAUCAACCAACACCAGUACAGUUGAAUGAGUCGUCAAGUCAAGGUGAUAAUGAGAAUGAAGAUGAUUUGUCAUUGAUGUUGGUAGACUUGGCACAAUUGAAUCCCAUCACAUCUGUACCAACAAUUUCCGUUCUUCCACCCACACCAGAUCUUAACAAACAGCACAAUUUUAAUCCAACAAAAGAUUUGGAAAUUACAAAAGUUAACAGCAUUAGUAUUAAAACAGAAAGCAGUUUUGAUUCGAUUGACGAUGAAGACGAAGAACCUCCUUAUAUGACACUAAAGACGAGUUUAAGACGCUUUGGAACUCUGUCAAGUUUGGAAAGAAUGCCUUCGGAAGAUACAGACGAAAAGACUGUGAACUCAUCAGACGAGGAAAAUUCUGAUGAAGAAAUUAAAAUUGUUGAAAGCACUCAAACAUUUCGAACUUGGACAUCACGGGCUGGUUCUUUUCUUGAAGAAUCGAGAGCUUUCAUCGAUAAAUAUCUUGGACGUACCGACAGUUGCGAAUAUAGCAGCUUGAAAAAUGGCACAAAGGAUUCAACUGUUGACUUCGAUGAGUAUGAAACAAUUGAAGGCGAAACUUCCGGUGGAACAUCAGGUGAAGAAGUUUGGGGAACACCAACAAGUGGAGGUGAAAACGAUGAAAUGCACAUGUUUAAUAACGGCGAAAAUCGAUCGUCUCCAACAAAGUCUUCUUCGUCUUACACCGGCGAUGAAGAUACGGAAAUUAUGAUGGAUGAGCUUUUAAUGGCACCUAUCAUGACAACCAGUAAUAUCAGGGGAUUGCUACCGAGGCGAAGAUUAGAACCUCUUUUUGAAGAAGAUACUGAUAGUUGUGACUCGAAUAAUGAAAAUAGUUUGCUAGGGAAUGAUAAACAGGGGGAAGGAAUAGAAAAAAAUAUCGAAAGAUGUCCAAGUUUGCCUACUUCAAUCGAUUCCGAUCACACAACGCCGUCAAUCGACGAGGAGAUGAUGAUGAAUCCGGAGGAUCUGAUGUCACCUACAACUAUACAAGCACAGCUCGACCACUUAUCACCAGUCGAGGACCUGGAUUUGGACGAAGUGGAUGUGUCAGUGCUGAGCGAGGACGAGGAAACUCCGAAAACCACGACACCAGUGGGAGAAACCUUUGGGCAUGUUGCUGACAAAUGUGGUGCGUCUGUUCUACAAUCUCUGAUAGAAAAAAACGCAUCUCAAAAUCAUAUCGAACGUGCCGAAGCACCACAGACCAAUCAAACUGCUGCACAACCAUCAACACCAACAAUUCGAACACCCCGAUCAUUGGAGAUGCGCUUAGCGAUGAACAACGAUAUUCUGGGGGACGAGGACUUGAUGAGUUAUGCUCCGGGGCCGGAUCUAACAUCAAUUCUCGGACGCGACCUCUCUACAUACCACCGAAUGACGGGUCGGGAUAUUAUAAUGAACAAAAUUAUCAAUCGGAGAGAAACAUCACCCCAACCGUUCAGAUUCAGCAGCCAAUACGACACCAACCGCAGCGACCCACAGAGCUCAUCUUAUCAACAAAACAACUCGAAAAUGGACACACCAAUACUAAAUCGCAAGCUUCCACGUACAUGGAGCAGUUCUGGAUUUGUACGAAAAGACGAAAAAGCUCUUUCGGAUUUGGAGCGACUAGCAAGACGAGAGAAAAUUUAUUGCAUGAAACUUCAAAACCAAAACAGUGACAGUGAUUCAUCAUCUAAGACCAUUGUGCCCAACAAAAAGAAUAAAUUAUUAAGAUUGCUGAGACGGAACUCAGAGAAUGUAAUUGGCAAGCAAGCAAAGGCUAAAAAUAUUUUAGAGAGAAAAACGUCACUUUGCGAUAACAGCUGCGGAAGUGGCGAUGAUUCGAUGAGCCUUGCAACUGACCGACUUUCAUCAUUCAACAAGGAAACUGAUAAAACAUUAGAUCGAAGAUUUUGGAAACAACUGACGAAACGACGUCGAUCCAAUUCUCUGUCGUCCAACUAAAAAAAAAAUUUAAAAACAUACAAUUCAUGCUUAAGAUCGAUCACUUUGUAUCUUCCCAUUUAACACAUAAGUUUCAAUCAAUUAAUUCUUAGCUUAAUCGAAAGCAUUUGUAACAUAACAUUUCGAAUUUAGGGACUAAAAAUAUACUUCGAAGUUUAUUUCGUUUUCUAAGAAUAUGUAAUUCGAUAAAUAAUAAAGAGAAAUCGUAAUUUCAUUUAAGUAGUAAUUUCAAAGACAGGCACAAUGCGAUAAUAAUUUGUAGUAAUGAUUGUGAUUUGAAUUUAGUUAUAAGAAAGAGAUAUGCAGAGAGAAUAUUUUUGACGAAUAAUAAUUUACGCAAAUAAGUUUUUAAAGAAAGUCGAUUUUAUGAACUUAUUCCAAUGUUUCAAAAGCAUUUUGAAAUUUAAAAAUAUAUGAAAUUUGUUGAGUUACCAUUUUAAAGAAAUUUUGAGAUUGUUCACAAAUUAUUAUGCGCCAAACGAAUGAAUGAAUGAAAUUAAUCAUCCAGCUUUUAAAAAUGAAUGGAAUUUCAUGAGACAUUUGUCUGAAAAGCAUUUUCGUCUGUUUGCGUCAUUUACAAGUGUUUAAAUGACAUGAACUUCGGAAUGGUUUUUGGAAGGAUAUGAAAAACAACCAAAACGUUUUUCAGACAAUGUCAUUGGAGCUACGAACUCGAGACAUAAUUUCAGGCUGCUUUAAGAUGAGUAUUUAUGAAACAAGAUUUUAUCUUCAUUCAUUCUAAUUGAUUCCAGCCUUGAAGAUGGAGCAAAACUUUUCAAAUUAAAAAAUAAAAAUAUUAGAGUUUUGUCAAAUAUUUGAAACAAAAGAAAUCAUAGACUCAUAAGAGAUUUCAUGAUUAACUUAGAUAGAAAAAUUUUAAAUUUACUUCUAAAUGACAAGAGUUUGAAAUAAAAUUGCACAAACAAAUGGAAUGAGAAAUGAAUUGUGAAAAGUGUGAGAUAAAAAACUUUCAAACAUCCCCAUAAAAAUAAUUGUCCAAGUAAUAAAACUAAAAUGGUUGUAGAAAAUGUUAUGCGACCGUCCAUUGACAAAAACUUUUUUGCAAUAUUAGAUUUUAUGCUUUGAAACUCCGUCUUUAAAAGAUUUUAUGCUUUUUGGAAAAACAACGAAGAAAAAGAAGAAUAAUCAGAAACAAUCCAAAUCUAUUUAAACAUUUCAUAAAUUUUAUGCAAAGAUUUUCAAAUCAAAACAUCAUUCGUUCUUAUUUAUGCUGAAAACAUUGCAAAAUAACCAUUUUAACAUCAAAAAAUUAUACAAAGUUUUCUUUUUUGUAGAACAUUUAUUCUAAUAAUGAAAUAAAAAAAUAUUCCUUCAAUUUAUUCAGAUGAAAGUUUGUCAUUUACUUAAAUCAUUCCAAUUUUUUCUUGACAAAUAAAAAGUGAUUUUUUAAAAAUCUAAAGCUAAUUCAUUGUAAU